AUGAACUAUUUUUUUGGAGCUGUCCUUUUUGCUUACUUUAUCGCAACACUUGCCAACUCUACAGUUAAACCGACGAAGGAAGCUCACUGCAAUGUGAAUAAUAACUACAACAGCUUCUACGCCGGACCAAACUGCAAGAAAAUCGAGCAACAACUGGAGGAAAUACGACAAGAAAUUAGGGCAUUGAGAGAAAAUAAAACUACUGGGUCUGGGAACGGAAAAGGUUUGUAACAGCAACUUAAUUUGUGCUACAAAUAAACAAAGUGGAUCCUCAUUGUCAUCAAUGUCUCUCUAAAAUGCCAUCAAAACCCUUGCAAAAUGUCGCUGAAAUAGUGUUCUUAUUUUAUAAGUUCUCAGGGGCACCCAACCACAAUUUUUGGAAAAUAUCUGUUCGGAAGACGAUUUGAGACCUAAAAUUUUCGGAACAUUUGUUGUUAAAUUUCUUGCUUGCAUGCCUCUCCUAGGAUUUUCGAACCUCCCAAACAUGGUAUAAUUUCCCAUUUUUAACGGAAUUUUUACCGUAAAAAGGUCACCUAGAAUUUUCGGGAGCCUGUUUUCUAGCUGAAAUUUUCGAAAAGGUAAGUUUUGAAGGGAUAUUAAAAGCCUAGUAAUCUGAAAGUCGAUCCUUUAGGCUUGUCUACUAAAAUUUUUAGGGGAUGAAAAUAUGCCUAUAUCUACCGUUUAAAUACUAAAAUACGUUCAACAAUGCUAUGUUUAAGUGGUUUUGAACUAUAUUCUCGUUGGGUGCCCCUGAGUUCUUCAUUAGACUAUUUUCUCAACAAAUUAUUUAUGUCUACCUUGAAGAAUAAUCGGAUCGUCAUUUUGUUUUCAGUUUACAAGAACUGCGCUGAAGUUUACAAGUCCGGUGACAAGAUCAGUGGGGUGUAUAAAAUCAAUCCUGAUGGUUUGGGUGAAUUUGAAGUGUUCUGUGAUCAGAAAACAGCCGGUGGCGGUUGGACGGUGUUUCAGAAGAGGCGAGAUGGCUCUGUUGAUUUCUUUCGCGCUUGGGAUGAUUACAAACGCGGUUUUGGCAAUCUGAACGGUGAGUUUUGGCUCGGUUUGGACAAGAUUCAUCGGCUGACCGUAAGCGCUGGUUAUAAACUCCGUGUCGACUUGGAAGACAAUCAUGGAAACACCGCAUUUGCCGAGUACAGCUCCUUUUCUGUGACAAGCGAGAGAGCGAAAUAUCAACUGAAUUUGGGAAGUUAUUCAGGUAGGUUACUCGAUUGGCAAAUUAAAAUAGUACCGAUAAGCAAAAGCAACAAUAACAAAAGAAAGAAAGAAAUUUGGUGCAGUCGAUUGCAAUUGGACAGUGGAAGUUAUCGUUGAUUUUUACAACAAGAACUGACCGUAUUUACAAAAAUAAGAUAGUAUCAAGAAGUAAAAAUGAUGAUUUUUCUGUUUCUUUUUUCUUUUCUUUUUUAUAUCUAUUUACCGGCUGACUUCAUAAGCUAUUCAAUUUAGUAAAUUAUAGGAGCCAUCUAACGCUUUAAAAAAGAAACAACAGAUGAAGGAAAAAAUACGUGAAAUUCGUUCAAUCUGGAAUACUAUGAACGUGGACAUUGUUUACGUUGAAAUGAAAUUACCCGUUUGCAAAAACUCUCCGAAAAAUGAACGAUAAAAAUAAGCCCUAUAUUUUCCUUUUUUAUUUCUUUUCGUAGGAACCGCUGGUGAUUCGCUUGACGCUCAUCGCGCUAUGCUAUUUUCUACCAAGGAUCGCGAUAGUGACAGGAACAGUGGUAACUGUGCCUUGAGUUAUAAAGGCGGCUGGUGGUACAACAGUUGUCACUGGUCCAAUCUGAAUGGUCUGUACCUCAAUGGUAAGGAUGACUCUAAAGGAAUGUCCUGGUACCACUGGAAGAAGAAGUACUACUCUUUAAAGAGGUCUGAGAUGAAGAUACGUCCCCAAAAUUUCUAAAACACGGCUGGGACUUUGUGUGAAGUGAAGCGUAUGCCACUGGAAGUCGUAAUACAGUUAAAACUAAGUAAUAGUCUUCUAGACAA